UUUUCUUGAUUUUUUCUUUCAGAUUUGUAAUUGCACAACGUGAAAAAGCAGCUAUAAAAAUAAUGGAUGUGCUGCCUUUAAAGAAUUCGCUGGAGUUGUCUUAACAAAAACUGAGCGAGUGAGUUUUCGUGUUUUGGCGUGGUGAGAAUGAGUUCGAUGGUCGUGAGUCGAGCUCGGGUUUACGCCGACGUGAACAAUCUUCGUCCUCGGGAGUACUGGGACUAUGACAACCAGACAAUCGAGUGGGAACCAACGGAUGAUUACCAAUUAGUUCGCAAACUCGGAAGGGGCAAGUACUCCGAGGUAUUCGAAGCUAUUAACAUGAAAAGUAGCGAAAAAUGUGUAGUGAAGAUUCUAAAGCCUGUUAGCAAGAAAAAAAUUAAACGAGAGAUCAAAAUUUUACAGAAUCUGAGGGGCGGACCGAACAUUAUCCAGCUUUUAGCUACAGUUAAAGACCCAAUUUCGAGGGUUCCUUCCAUUGUUACUGAGUACAUUAACAACACAGAUUUCAAAACGCUUUAUCAGAACCUGUCAGAUUAUGAUAUAAGAUACUAUUUGUACCAGCUGUUAAUAGCAAUAGACUAUUGCCACUCGAUGGGUAUUAUGCACCGGGAUAUUAAGCCGCACAAUGUCAUGAUAGACCACGAGAACAGACACCUCCGACUGAUUGAUUGGGGCCUGGCUGAAUUCUACCACCCUGGAAAUGAGUACAACGUCAGGGUAGCCAGUCGCUACUUCAAGGGACCGGAGCUCUUGAUAGACUACCAGCUAUACGACUACAGUCUCGAUCUGUGGUCUCUAGGCUGCAUGGUUGCUAGUAUGAUCUUCAAAAAAGAGCCCUUCUUCCAAGGCCACGACAAUCACGACCAACUAGUCAAAAUUGUGAAGGUCCUCGGAUCCGAGGAGUUCUACGAUUACAUAGACAAAUAUCAGAUAGGUCUGGACUCAAAAUUCAACGAGAUCCUAGGACGACAUACAAAGAAAAAAUGGGAACGCUUCGUGAACUCUGGGAAUCAGCAUCUAGUAGGGCCAGAGUCACUAGAUCUUCUGGACAAAUUGCUCCGAUUCGACCAUCAGGACCGUCUGACAGCCAGGGAAGCAAUGGACCAUCCUUAUUUCCAAUGUGUAGUGGCGGAUGUGACAGCUGCCAAUUCUAAAUGCAAUCCGCCUCCUCCUCAAGCUCCUCAGCAGAACAGAACAGCUCAGAGCAACUCGUCUGACAUGUUAAAUAAUGCGGAUGCGGCUGCUUAAAACGGACGAGAACUUGUGACGUUUCUUUUAGGCUCUUUUUCUGUGACCGUGCACCAAAAUAAGAGCAAGUAUUUGUUUUUCAUGUAUAAUGUGCGUGUAUUGUCAAUGCACAAAUAGCAGCGAAAUGAACAGCCCUUUUAAAAAUGAAAACGGAAAAAGAGCCAUCUUGUACAACAAAUCGUUUGCUAACUGAUGACGUAUUUCUAUCUGUUAUUUAUAUCUCAAGCUAGGUGUCCAAAUGAAAUGAAUUAAUUCAAUGUUUCUGAUGCGUGAA